UAGUGUAGUGAGUGGUAGUGGCAAAUGUAAUGGGCGGGCGUCCAUCUUGAAAUUUGUUGGAUUUGAGCCGGUCUAGUUGUGAUAAAAGUGUAUUUUUUUAGCUUUGACUUCACGUUAAUUUAUAGUUUUCAACAAGUUUCAUGUCUGCCGAAACUAUUUAUUAUUUAGAAUAGGAUUAACAACUGUAAUGUGUUAGUAUCAUUACUCAAGACAUAUGCGAUUUCCGGAAAGAGUGUCGCUCAUAAAACCUUAGGUUGGCAGAGGUAUAGUGCAAUGGCAGUUCCUAGUCGAGCCCGGGUCUAUGCCGAUGUCAACUCACAGAAACCAAGAGAAUACUGGGACUAUGAAAGCUAUGUGGUUGACUGGGGCAACCAAGAAGACUACCAGUUGGUUCGGAAACUUGGACGCGGGAAAUACAGUGAAGUAUUCGAGGCAAUAAAUAUCACAAAUAAUGAGAAGUGUGUAGUUAAAAUAUUGAAGCCUGUCAAAAAGAAGAAGAUAAAAAGAGAAAUAAAAAUAUUAGAAAACUUAAGAGGAGGCACAAAUAUAAUAACUUUACAAGCAGUAGUCAAAGAUCCUGUUUCUCGUACUCCAGCCCUAAUUUUUGAACAUGUGAACAACACUGACUUUAAGCAACUGUAUCAAACUCUUUCAGAUUAUGAUAUAAGAUAUUAUUUGUAUGAACUUUUGAAGGCAUUAGAUUAUUGCCACAGUAUGGGCAUUAUGCAUAGGGAUGUGAAGCCACAUAAUGUAAUGAUUGAUCAUGAUAACAGAAAGUUACGCCUCAUUGACUGGGGUUUAGCAGAGUUCUACCAUCCAGGGCAAGAGUACAAUGUUCGUGUUGCUUCUAGAUACUUUAAGGGCCCUGAACUUUUGGUGGAUUACCAAAUGUAUGACUACUCUUUAGAUAUGUGGUCAUUAGGAUGCAUGUUAGCAUCCAUGAUUUUCCGCAAGGAGCCAUUCUUCCACGGUCAUGACAACUAUGACCAACUUGUGCGUAUUGCUAAGGUGCUAGGCACUGAAGAACUAUUUGAAUAUUUGGAUAAAUAUCAUAUAGAAUUGGAUCCCCGAUUUAAUGAUAUACUUGGGAGACAUUCUCGGAAACGGUGGGAGCGGUUUGUGCAUUCUGAAAAUCAACAUUUGGUUUCUCCUGAAGCUUUAGACUUUUUGGAUCGUCUUUUGCGCUAUGACCAUUACGAGCGUUAUACAGCUCGUGAGGCAAUGGAUCAUCCUUACUUCUAUCCAGUUGUUAAGGAGCAGGGUCGAAUGGUGUCCUCAAGUUCUCCAACUCCUAAUGCAUUGCAAGGACCAAUAAAUUCUGCAGAAUAAUUGUUACAAAGAGUUAGCAAACCUCUUUAAAUAAUGCUAUGUAUUGAGUAUAUACCUGUACAAGAUUCCAGAUGACACUGUCAGAUGAAUGCUAACUUCAAGAGGCCACUGGUGGUGUAAAUACCUACACUAGGAUACAGUGAAAAGCACCAUCUCUGUUCAAGUUACAUCUCCUAUGUAAUUCCAAUGUUUGAUAAAAGAAAAUAUAAUUUGGAAAGACAAUAUAAUUUAGUGUUUAAUAUUAGUAAAUCUGGUUUAUUGUUUUGAAGUGUAUCUCUGGUAUUAACUACUGAAUCAAGUCCAUGAAGUGAUCAUGAACUGAAGCUAUUACUUUGUGAGUAUCUAGUGUGGUGGGUGGGUAAAUUGUUGAAGUGAAAACUUAAACAUCUUUUUUUUACGAAAAAAAUCAAUAUUAAUUAUUGAGAAAUGAAAAUCAUCUCGAGUUUCAUUGCACUUGAUCUUUUGCAUUUAUUAACCUAUGGUAUUGAUAUUGUAAUUACUUGUAUAAUAUAAUAUUGAUAACAUCUGCAUACCACUUGCAAGUACUGGUUAGCAGCUUUUCGUUGGUACUUUUAUUUAAAAUUUUGUAUUUAUGUAAUAGAAGUAAACUGUAGAUAUUUGUGAUAUAAAUACAAAAUUUUAAAAUGAUUAAUUAAUCGUUUUCUUUUAUUACAUAUUUUAUAAAGGAGACCAGUAACUUCUAAUGAUUAGACAAUGUCGAAUAAAAUAUUGUUUCUAUUAGUA